UGUUGAAGCAUUGGUGUCUGUUUGGACUAAUAUUUCUAUUUAAUUCUACUGGUUAGUUAUGUAUUUUUCUACUGAGAUGUAGUUUUCUUGUUUCUGUUUGUAGAUGGCAUCUGAAUUUGAGGAUGUGCUGAGCUAGUAUGUUCAUGAGGAUGAGCUGAAUGCACGCCAACUUGCCAUUGCGAAUGCACGUGAACGUGCCCUUGCAGAUGCAUAAACAGAUGAACGUUCCCAGAAAUAAUCACUAUGUUGUGCUUCCAUUUCUUAUAUACAUGUGUCUAGCACUUUCUCAAUUUGGUCUAUAUGGUCAUGACCGAAGACCGGACCGAAAAGACCGAAGACCGAAUACAUAAAGACCGGAAAGACUGAAUGUAUUUUGGGUAGUAUUUCUGGAUGACCGAAAUUUGUGAAGACCGAAGAGACCGGACCGAGCAAACCGAACAAACCGAACGCCCGGGCAGAACCACACCCAGCGACGCCGACGAAGAUGCUGAGGCGCUCAGCUUCGUCGUCUUCUUCCCCUAUUUAUACGGCACUCGCGCGCCUCACCAAGCUCAACAGCAACAACAACAGAAGCAGCAAUCGUCUUCUUCUCGCGUCCAGGAAGACAAGUAGAGCGAUCAUGUCGUCGUCGUCUGCCGCGGUCACAGCACCGUUCGAGAACCCCAGGGCGGUGGUGAGGAAGCUGCUCUCGGAGUCCCAGCCCGAAGGUCGCGGCGCCACCGUCAGGCGGAGCAUCGGCAGGCACGAGCUCCGGAACCUGGACCCCUUCCUCCUGCUCGACGAGUUCGCAGUCUCCAAGCCCGGCGGGUUCCCCGACCACCCGCACCGUGGGUUCGAGACCGUCACCUACAUGCUCGAGGGUGCCGUCACCCACCAGGACUUCUCCGGACGCAAGGGCACCAUCAGGGCAGGGGAUGUUCAGUGGAUGACGGCGGGGCGCGGCAUCGUGCACUCGGAGAUGCCCGCAACCGACGGCGUGCAGAAGGGCCUGCAGCUCUGGAUCAACCUCCCCGCCAAGGACAAGAUGACCGAGCCCCAGUACCAGGAGCUGCAGAGCAAGGACAUAAGCGAGGCCUCGAGGGGCGGCGUGGACGUCCGCAUCAUCGCCGGCGAGGCGUUCGGGGUGCGGUCGCCGGUGUACACGCGGACGCCCACCAUGUACAUGUACUUCACCAUGCGGCCGGGCUCGCAGCUCCACCAGCCCAUCCCGGCGGGGUGGAACGCCUUCGUGUACAUCAUCGAGGGGGAGGGCGCGUUCGGCGGGGAGGACGCCGCGCCGGCCACCGCGCACCACUGCCUCGUGCUCGGCGCCGACGGGGACGGCCUCAGCGCGUGGAACCGCUCCGGCGCGCCGCUGCUGUUCGCGCUCGCGGCGGGGCAGCCGCUCAGGGAGCCCCUGGUGCAGCAGGGUUUGUUUGUGAUGAACACGCGCGCCGAGAUCCAGCAGGCCAUGGAGGACUACUACCACGGCCGCAACGGAUUCGAGAAGGCCAAACAGUGGACCUCCGCAUGAACCUCAAUGUUCGGCAUCCUCUUCUACGCGCCAAAAAUGACAAGGAAAAGGCAACUGUUCUUCUAUUGAUACUUUUGUGUAGAUAGAGUGUACCAGUCUUUUGUUUCUUCAAAUUUUUUUGCUUUUUUAUUUAUGGUAAACAUUGUUAUAAAAGAAAUGUGUGUAAUAAAGAGGAAUUCAUAGAAAGUGCUUUUCGUUGCUGG